CUAACGAUGAAUACUUCCAGUAACCUCACAGUGAUGGUCAUCCUGAUGACAGCCGUUAUCCUUAGUCACUUUCAACCUUCACUGUGCCAAAUACAUCACAGAUUCAACUGCUGGAGACCGGGAGGUAAGAAACGAUCUGACCCAGACAACUCGAACGAUCCAUCCUAUAGCGGAGAUCACCUGCAACUUAAAUGGUCUUUACAGAGAUACAUCGAUUCCGUUCCAGCAAGUGAGCUUUUAAAUCUCCUCAGUCAACUUUUACAGUUUGAGAACAUGCGACGGACCAAAAUCACUGUCCCCGAAACGGAAGGCGACUCCAACAACGACUGGCUAUCAUCUCCAGCGGAAGAUAAAGACGUCAGUCGGACGUGGUCAUAACAAGUUCAUACCCGUCGUCGUCACCGCCAUCGUCGACAUUUAGUAUAAGAAAUACUGAUUCAGAAAAAGAAAUUUAAAAAAAUUGUUUGACUUGAAAAGAAAGAUAUUUUCUAUAUUUUGUUAACAGUCACGACACAAUAGGCUACACAUUCUUUAUUAUGUGAUUUAAAUGUUACAAUAGUCUAAUCAUUUUAUUUCGAACUGUUAAGUAUCAUGAUGUUAAAAUUACUGAGGAGAAAUUUAAGUUUAUCAAAAAGCACAGAGGUCAAGGAGGUUCGUAAGCAGUGAAUAAUAUGAUAAAGUUUUUUUUUUAUCUUUGUAGAAUAUAUUAAUGAUAAAGUACAGGGUUUCCUUAUCAUAUUUUUAUAUAAACAUAACCAUCCUAAGAUAAUUUUAAUCAUCUUCUUUUAUUCCAGUAAAGCAUGGCAUUUUUUUUUCUCGAAAAAAGCCCAACAGAUUACACGGAUAAGCCACGUGAAUAUAAACGAUGGUUUGUGAUGAUUUGUAUGAUAUACACCUUUCUAUAUUCAUAACGAAAAUUCGAUCAAUGGCAAUUGUCCAAAUUGUUACAUCCACACAAUCUGCUGAACAUGAUUUUAUUUUGUGUGUUUUCCAAUUAUGUUAUCUAGUUUUAUAUUGGGAAUUGGCUCGGUGGAUAUGAAAUAUGUAACAACAGCAGAAUAUUUCAAUUUACUCAUGAUCAUAUAGAGGGUAAUAGAAGGAAAGUUGUUUUCUGUAGGUUAUAAUGAUACGUAGCAAAGAGAGGCGUGGCAUUUUCAUAGCGGGCAGUAAUCUGUCCUAAUGUGAUUUUUUUUUUUUUGGGGGGGGGGGUCUCAAUUGAACAACAGGGGUAAAAUACAAUUACACCGUUAAUAUCUAUCUUGUAGAUGCUUCUUUUUUUUAAUUUUCUCCCACCCCUCCCGUCCGCACUGAUUACGUAAACAGUUGUCAUUAGAGAAGCAUAUUUGCCCCUUGUAUCAUCGCCGGGGGGGGGGUGUGGUGUCACCUACACUGUAGAAAAAAAUCUCUGUCAAUAAGUAGUUUACACUUAAUGUAUAUAAGUAAAUUUAUUAUUUAAUCUACUUGAUUUGUUUGGUUUAUUUGGGUUCAGUAUACAUUUACGAAAAUUCACGUAUUGCUAGCUUGCUGCGAUUAAGUAAAUGUAACUCCAAUUAGUCAAAGAAAAUUAUUACUUUCAAAAUCAUUUUGGAUGUACUUAUAUUUUUUAAUUUACGCCUUAUUUAAAUGUACCUGAGGAGGAUUCAUUAAGAGCAACAGUCAUAUCUGUUUUUGUUUGAAAUUGUUUUGGAGUAGGUUGUGCAAAAUAUUUUUUUUUUUUUGAAUCGAAGAAAGAGCAGCAUUAAAUAGUCACUCAUCAGAAAAUUUUAGAUUUCUUUUUAGGUUUUCGGAAAAUGUUAAUAUUGUUGUCACUGUUUCAUUUCUUAGGAUGAACCGGUCGCGUAUUGAUAUAAAUGACAGUACCUAUCAUGUACAGUUAAGUGAUUAUUUGGAUAAAAGAUGAAAAUUAUGCCACUGAAAGUGGGAAGAUGGGGGAGCAGACUUACAAAUCACGAAAGUCCACUCCCCCAUUUGUUUUUUUUUAUAUUUCAGUGAUUGUUUUACUUAACUUAAUUAAGUUGUUGUAACUUAAUUUACUUGAGUAAAAUUGAUGCAGAGAAAAUAAGUAAAUAUUAGCUAAAACUGCCAAACUAAUAGAUAGGCCUACUUGAAAAAAUUAAGGCAAUAUUUGCCUAAAUUUUAUUGAGUAAUUACAAAUAUUUUUUAUAGUGUGUACUCACUGCAAAUAAACAUUGUCUGGGACCAAUUGUUGCCGAGGCAUUUGUCGAGUUACUGGAUUUUGUUCGUUCCAUAUCCAAAUACCUUACAAUACCUUGUACCAUAUUUCAUUAAUGUCAUUCUCGUCUAUUACACGAUCAUAAAAUAAGAAUACACAUUUACACUUUCCCUAUACAUUUAUGGUUUUUUUCUCCGAUUUUACUAAGAUACAUUAAUAAACGUAAAUAUAAUGUCGAUAAUGUUUAGAAUUGAGGGAAGAAAAAAAUGUAUUUUCCAUGACAGGUAUUGAUAUCAUUCAAUAGUUUUCCCCGUGUUUCAAACUCACGUUUCAUUUUUAUUAACGACUAAGAAAAUGUGCAUUCUUUAAUCAUUUGUCUUAUAAAUGGCCUAUUGGAAGUUCAUAAUAAAAUUACUUUCCAAGAUUC